UCAAACUGUAAACUGAAUAGUCGGCUCAUUAAAAAAAAAGGUAAGAAGAAAACAGCGGAACCAAAUUUAAUACGAGAAGAAAAAGUGGGUAAAUAAUGACAGGAAUCAUCACCUACUCAUUUAAAGGUCUCAACUACGUCUCCCUACUUCGCCCCUCGGCUUUUCAUCGCUAUCGUUACUGCUAUCUUAAUCCUUUCGUCACACCUCCAUUCACCAACGCUUCCUUCUCUUCUUCACUUCCCUCUAACUCCUUGGGAUCAGAACCGGCUACGUUAAUGGAAGUGGUUAAAGCAGCUUGGAGGCCAUCUGUUGCAGGGAGUAUAGCAAUUCGAGCUGAUCAAAAGAGCUAUACUUACUCGCAACUCCUCUCCUCUGCAUGCAACAUAUCUAGGCUGUUAUUCAGCACCAACAUCAAAAUUAAUAAUAAAGGCGUUAGUGGACAUGGAAAUCUUGGUGGAGCUCGAAUUGGUAUUGUUGCUAAACCUUCUGCUGAGUUCGUGGCUGGAAUGCUGGGCACUUGGCUUAGUGGAGGUGUUGCUGUUCCACUAGCUCUCAGCUAUCCUGAGGCUGAGCUCUUGCAUGUUAUGAAUGAUUCGGAUAUAUCUUUUGUAUUGAGUACUGAAGACUACAGUGAAACUAUGCAAAGUAUUGCCACUGGAUGUGCAGCACAAUUUUCACUUAUUCCUCCUGUUUCCAGCACUUUCUCAUCCCCUAAUAUGACUGAUGAAUUGCAAACUGGAGAGAUAGAAGCAGAUGGAAUUUUGAUAGAUGAAAAUCCGGCAUUGAUCGUCUACACGAGUGGUACAACAGGUAAACCUAAAGGAGUAGUUCAUACCCAUAAGAGCAUCUCUGCACAGGUGAAAAUGCUAGCUGAUGCCUGGGAGUAUACGUCUACUGAUCAGUUUCUGCAUUGUCUACCACUACAUCAUGUUCACGGACUUUUUAAUGCUUUACUUGCCCCUUUGUAUGCUGGCUCAACUGUUGAAUUUAUACCCAAGUUUAGCGUAAGGAGUAUUUGGCAAAGAUGGCGUGAAUCAUACCCAAAAAAUGGGGCUAAGGCUGAUGAUGCCAUUACUGUUUUUACGGGUGUUCCAACAAUGUACGCUAGAUUGAUACAAGGUUACCAAGCAAUGGAUCCAGAGCAACAAGCUUUAUCUGCCUAUGCUGCACAACAGUUGCGUCUUAUGAUGUCUGGGUCUUCUGCACUUCCUCAACCUGUCAUGCACGAAUGGGAAACCAUCACUGGACACUGCCUUUUAGAACGGUAUGGGAUGACUGAGUUUGUCAUGGCAAUAUCAAAUCCAUUGAGGGGUGCUCGGAAGGCAGGCACAGUUGGCAAACCGUUUCCUGGUGUGCAGGUCAGGAUUGCUGAAGAUAAAAGCGGGGGUGGUACAAUUGGCGAGGGUGAACUUUGUGUUAAAAGUCCUUCAUUGUUUAAAGAAUACUGGAAACUUCCUCAGGUAACCAAGGAAUCGUUUACUGAUGAUGGGUUCUUCAAGACUGGGGAUGCUUGUAGAGUAGAUGAAGAUGGAUACUACGUCAUUUUGGGACGUAAGGACAUCUGGUUUCAUAUUGUUGAUUGUUCAGUUGCUUGUGAUAAAUUAUGCUGGCAUUUUCUUAGUACAAGUGCUGAUAUAAUGAAGGUUGGUGGAUACAAAUUGUCUGCCUUGGAAAUUGAAUCAGUUCUUUUACAGCACCCUGAUAUAGCAGAGUGCUGUGUGUUUGGCUUACCGGAUAAGGAUUAUGGAGAAGCUGUAUCUGCAAUAGUGGUGCUGGAUUCGGAACAAAAAAGGAAACAAGAAGAGUCAAACUCUGCUUUCAGUUUGGAAGAGCUUUGCAACUGGGCUAAAGACAAACUUGCUCCAUACAAGCUUCCAACGAGAUUAAUGUUGUGGGAUUCUCUUCCUCGUAACGCGAUGGGAAAGGUGAACAAGAAAGAGCUGAAGAGACAGUUGGGCAAUGAAAAGUAAGCAAUCUUUAUUCUGAGCUACAUGAUAGAACACAAUAAUUAGGGAUUGAAUAUCAGACUUGAAAUUUUAGAACUCAGAAGCUUAUGUCAUGCUCAGAAAUAUCAAAUAAGAGAGAAUUUUUUACAUUUUUUUUUUUGGGGAGUGAAAUGAACCGUUUUUCUUCUGGUACGAUACGAUCCAUGUUAAUUAUUGAAUGUACAGAAUUACUGAUAUUUCUAAACGGAGAAAAACAUUUCCUUGGGCAUCCUUUUUGAAGGGUAAAUUUUGGGUCUGUAAUGCUUGGAUUGGCAUGAACUUGGAGAAUGCAUCAUUUUUUUUUCUCAUUAAA